CUCGUUUCAUGAAACCGUUCUACUAUGUGCACAGUCUGUAAUUUUAUGUUCUUUCAAAUGAUGUCCCGCCGACCAAUUUGGUAUAUUUGCUCGUAGUUUAACAUCUGCGGGAUUUAUGAAUAUCUCAGUUAUUUAGUGGUGUUUUAAAUCUUCCGGAGUAGCUGUCACACCCAGUGAAGAGCGGUUCAAAAUAAACGAAUCAUUCCCGAGUCACACACUCUCUAACUGUUGCAGCUGCCCGGGAAGCUAGUUUUAGCCGGGGGAGUAACCACGAAACGUUAAGAAACUUAUGAAUUUAGCUACAUUAUUUACAAAUUUAGCUUUCCCGUACAGCGCUUAAGCAGCAAGUGAACGGGCAUUUACCAAAACUGGCAGAGUAGAAAUGGAAGGAGACGACUGCAGUUAUCCUCCAGAGUCAUCAGAUGAUCACUCGCAAAGAGGAAGUGUUGCUUCCUCUGCAACGCUUUCACGUGCUCAAGAUGUGCUUAUAUACCUCUGUGGUGACAGCGCAGUACACUUAUCAGUAGAAGGGCUUGGCAGUAUCUCUGUGCACGAGUUGGGCCGCAGUGUCCGUGAGGCCCUCCAUAUUCCUGAGUCUCUGCAGGAUGUUUUUGCCUUCUGGCUUAGUUCUCCACUGCUUGAGUUGCAGUUAAAGGCAAGGCAUCAACCAUACAAACUAUGUCGACAGUGGCAGGACUUGCUGUAUCGUUUCACUGAGGCCUCAGAGGAAGACAUCUCACAAGAUGAACCGUGUCUCCAGUUCCGUCGGAAUGUGUUUUAUCCUAAAUCUAAAGAGCUGCAGAUAGACGACAAAGACGUGCUGAGGCUUCUGUACGAGGAGGCCAGGGACAACAUUCUCACGGGUCGAUACCCCUGUGACCCCGAGCACUGGACGCCACUGGGAGCCUUGUCUUUUGCUCUUGAUGAGGGAACUGGUCUUGACGAGCAACAAUUUACUACCACUCUUAGAGAGAAGAAGCUGUCUUCUUUUCUGCCUCCGCAUGUUGCCAUGGGGAGCGGAGGUUUGCUCUCCACUCUGAGAGGGAAGUCGAGCCGUCAGUCAGGGCUGGAGCAGAAGCUCUUGGAGGAGUACAGAAAGAUCAGCACAUCUGCUGGAAACUCUCCUGAGCCCACACAGCUCCUACACCAGUACCUCAACACAUGUCACUCUCUGCCUUAUUAUGGGUGCGCUUUCUUCUCUGGGGAGAUUGACAAACCAGCGCAAGGGAUUCUCCAAAGGGCCAAACGCAAAGCUGUCAACGUUGGGAUCUGCCUGGACGGAGUUUAUGUGAUGGAUGUUAAAGAGAAGCAUGUGCUGCUUGGCCUGCAUUUCAACGAGCUUUCCUGGGACCACAGUUACCCCGAGGAGCAGGGGGACUCACACAUUCUGUGGCUGGAGUUUGAUGGAGAUGAAGACGGCACUCCUGUCAACAAGUUGCUGAAGAUCUUCUCAAAACAGGCAGAGCUAAUGAGCGGCUUCAUUGAGCUCUGUGUGGAGCUAAAGUCUGCGUCUGAGGCAGGAGCUGCAGCCGAAAUGGACGGGGAGGUGAGUCUGUCUCAGCAGCCUGCUGGGCAAGAAGGCAGCAACAAGAAUGGGCGUGGAGGACGGCGUGGGAUGCUGCACAGGCAAAACAGCGUUCUGUGCAGUCGGGUCCAUUCACUUAACACAAUCAGCUACGUGGACAACGGAAAAGAAAUCAAACGCCUGAAGCCGAAACGAGCUGCGUCCUUCUUCACUCGUCAGGGGUCAACGUCAGCAACCACGUACUCUGCCGUGCAAGUGACGGAGAAUCUGGAGCAGGGUUAAACUCACUGAUCAGCUCUGCUCCACCUCUCAAAGACCAAACCUGAACAUUUUACACUGAGAUUUAAAGAGAAGACUUGAUGCAAGCUUGAGACAUUUUACUGAUAAUAUAUGAACGUGCAAAGGACCAAGCGAGGGAUCUAAGCGUGAGUGACAAUAUUUAUCUUGUUGUGUAUAUUAGGAAAGUACAGUAAUGUGAAAAACAAAAGGAUCUAUUAACCGCCAUGCUUCCGAGGUUAAACUGAAGUGGCUAUUCAUUAGAUGGCCUUACAUUAAAGAAUAUAUAGCAUUCUAUGAUGAACCUCCUUCAUGAGAAAAGCCUUAGAGAAAUCCUCAGACACUGACUACAAUUGAUGCCUGUAUAUCUCACGACCGUUUUGACCUUUCUGCAGCGCUCUGGAGCCGAGUUUACCGUUAACACUCAAAAAUGUUAAACCUCAUAAGAGUACAAGUACUGCAUUACCUCUUUUUACUCUUAUUGAGGCUGGAACAUCAGGAACAAUUCAUCCCCAUAGAACUUUAAACUUCUUUUUACAGUUUCCCACAGACUCUUUACAUUCAGCAUGACAAACACUUUCAGUCGGCGGUCUGAGGGCGGGUUCCCCCUAUUCUGCUUUUUCAAACUGCCAGUGCCUUGUUCUAAUCGAAGAGUGAAGACUCUUUAGAAAAAGUACUGGUAGAAACGUUUAGUGGUUGGUGUUACUACUCAUAAAGAGACGUAUGGGAACACACUUUCUGUGCUGCGGAAGUUUCUUGUAAGUACAUGCUUUUAAGAGAUUAUUCAUAUUUGUGGCUGGUUAUGGCGGAAAGAAGGCAAUGGGCGGCACAUCCCAGUUUUUAGAAAUAAUUUAGUUUUCAUUUUUCAUUUGUAAAAGCUUAAUGGUGUGAAUGUAGAAUAAACAUGUCAAAUAACAGGAUAGAUUUUACAGCAUCCAGUUGUAGAAGCUAAAAUUUCACUUUCAAGGCAUCAAGUCUUGGGGAGAAUGAAUACAUUUGCACCAAUAAAAGAAUCAAAUUAGAGUAAAAAACAACCCAAUAAAGGUUUUUAAAAAAAGGUAAAAAGUUUACUAUAACAAAUUAUUGAAUCAUACUACGCUCUUAUUCUUGCCACUGAUUGUGAACAUGAUAUAUUCAAAGUUUAACCUCCAAUCGGCAACAUGCGUGACAUCCGCACUCAGGUCUCAAGUUGACUAAAACUGCUUGGUCAGAUCUGAUUAGCAAAGUAAAACUGAUGCAAUAGCAAACUUCGGCAAUUUCUGACACCAAAGACGAUAAUAAAGCUUCCUGUUUAGCCAAGUGCUACUCUAACAUACUAACUUCUAAACAACCAACAAAUUGAAACUGCUAGCUACAGGUCUAAGGUUUGUUUAGUCAUUUGAUAGUCAUCAAUUUACUUUAUUUGAAAGAGGACAGGGAACACUAUCUUUGUUUGAGGAUAAGGGUCAUGAAAACCUUUUCUGCAUUUUUUAUGGUUUAUUUAGUUUUUGAAAGAGCUGAUUCAGUUUAUCUGAAAAAAAAAUUAAAAAAAAUCAACAAACAAAUUUUCACUGGACUGUGUGCUCAGACCAACUGACCAAUAACUUAUGACUAUGCUGUUGAAAUCUCAGUCUGUACGCCAAAGCAAGCCUCUCUAACGUGCUGCAACACAGUAUGCUACCUUAACGCUCCAGAGACAGACUUCAGUCUGGCAGAGUCCUCCAGGUGUCCCUCUGAACUCCACCGUAACGCUACAGGCAGUUUCUGUCUUUGCUGUAUAUUUAUCAAACAAGCUCACCUCACUGAUGGCCAUUUAUCAUACUGCCUUCCACUUGAACGUAGAUCUGAGACAUGUUGGCAUCCUGGAUUCUUCCUGAUCCUCCUGAGCAUGCAAACUGCAAAAGUUUUUACUUUUCUAUGCUUUCAUAUGUUAUAUCAGCUACCGUCUGUAACCUAAACUGCAGUGGCAGUCCAAUAUAAUGUUGCUAACUUACACUAUGCAUGUCACAUUGUAGAAUAGGCAUUCCACAUCAGACUACACAUCAUGUGAUACUGCACUAUUAAUACUAAAACACUGUUUAUAAAUCUGUUUUUGUAUUGUUUGUUAGCUUUUAUGAGAGAAUAUUUUUAUUUCAUUUUCAUAUAUAUUCGUCAGUGUUCGUACACAAGAAUGAAGUGAAGAAAUAGGUCAUUAAAAGCAUUAUCUCCUCAAGCAAUCACUUUUGCAGAAGCAUCAAGUGCCUUUUUGUUUAUACUGGUGGCAUCUGAAUGACUGUUUUGAUGCUCAGAAACAAGGAAUGGACAAUUUUUGUUAUUGCUAUGGUUUAAAAACAAUCGUGUUUUGUAAUAUAUUUCCCAAAUUUUUUAGCUAAAACCAUGCAUUUCAUCUUUCCUAGCUGAUGUGAGUAUAUUAUAUACUGGAUAACUAAUGGUCUGCUGUUGAACAGUGUAUUGUGGUUCCUCUCAAUUGAAUGGUCAGUCUGCCUUCAUUAAAAAGUGUCUGAUAUGCUUUUUUUUUUUUAAAUAAACAAAUGCAAAGUGGGCCCACUGCUCUGAAAAUA